UCCAGCAGAGAGGUUUCUGGAAAGCGUAGCUCACAAACAUCCUUCUGUGUGGGACAGCUCCGGGGGAGGGUCCCUGGCUGCCCACUAGCGCUCUGAGGACUGAAGUGACGGUGGGCAGUGCUGCUGCCUGAGAGCCUGUGGCAUUUCCGCACUCGGGGCCAGUCUGCGCCUGAUCUGCCGGGGGUGGUUUUCUCUGUGGGAGAACAAAAGCAGCUGAGGGGCAGCGCCUAUGGAUUCCAGCUCUGAGGACAAAGGUGCAGCCAUGGCCAUCCCCCCGCUGAAGCCCGGCGAGAAGUUCCACCUGUUUGUCAGCUACAGCAGCAUGGAUGCCACGUGGACACAUGGGCUCAUCGGCCGCCUGGAAGCCGACCACGCGGGGCUGCGUGUCUGCCUGCACGAGCGGGACUUCACCCCGGGCAGGAACAUCCUGGAGAACAUGGCUGAGUGCAUCCAUCAGAGCCAGAAGGUGCUGCUGGUGCUGAGCCAGGACUUUGUGCAGAGCAGGUGGUGCCUCCUCGAGGCCGACCUGUCACUCUUUGGCUACUGCCUGGAGAGGAAGCCGGUCAUCCCCGUGCUGCUGCGGCCCUGCCAGGUCCCGCUGCACCUCAGCCACCUGACCUACCUGGAGGCCGUGGACAGCCGUUUCUACAGCAAGGUGGCGCAGCUGCUGUGCACCCCCAGCCACUGCAUGGUGCGCUCCCUGCCCGGCCCGCGCCCGGUCCCUUCUUUGUACAGCGGGAAGACCCUCCUGACCCUGAACUGUGUCAACAGGGACAGCCUGCCCUCGUGGAAGGUGGGGACCUUCAGCACCCUGAGCGUCCCAGACCCCUUGAAGGAGGUGUUGCCGGACCCCGAGCUGGAGGACUGCAGGCGGACCUUCCUCCAGGCCCCCGAGGGCGAGGCCCUGUUCCGGGAGGCCCUGUUGCAGUUCUCCAGUGCCUACGCGUGCUGCCUGGUGCAGGCACACUUCCCCCACUGCGAGGACACCACGGCCGCUCGGGGCCACCUGGAGCCCGGCCUGUGUUUCUGCCAGUACGUCUCUGUGCGGCUGGAGAGAGCUGCUUCCCAGGCGCCUGCAGGAGAGCCUGCUCCGGGCUGGGGACUGACCCGACAAGCGGACGUGUGUCUCUGGGACAGCCACCUCCGUGAGGGGCUGUGAUGACUGACCUGAGACGGGGCUCCACCUCCUGGCUCCCAUCCCUGGGUCCCCAGGCCCGGCCCUAGUGAGUGUUUGCCUGGUGAAGAAGGGCGUGUAACCUUGAAACGACCUUGAGGACAUGGGCAUCUGAGGAUUGCGCUUGUGAUUUACUGUGAAGGGGUGGAGGGUGUGACAGGAAGUGGGGAAGCAGAGCGGGAGGCGGCCAGGUGAGGUCAGCUUGUAGACGACUAACAUGCAGCACAGGGUCCGACCAUAAAUGGAUGACCCAAGGCCCCGGGUCCCCCUGUGCCACUGCCCCAGCGUGGUCUCUCUCUGAGGGUCCCGGUCUCUUCUCAGAUGAACACAAGGAGUUUCUCACAUUUUCCUUGAACCCAUUGCCACCAUCAUCGGGUCCCUCGCCAGGGAGCCCAUGGACCUGGGACACACUCUAUGUGUAAGAAUCGUGUAUUUUGACUUUUGGCAUUUUAUCUGACACUAUUAAAGCCUCACCUGCUCUUA